AUGUCUGAUUCUACGGACGAGCGCCUUGGGCGGGUAGUACCAACAUCGCCUGCUAAGCCCCCGAGCAACGACAUCAAGCUCUCUGGCCAGUACGCAACAAUUGUCCCGGUACAUCCCGAACAUGCUGCAGGCUUAUACGAACUCAUCAAAGGAGACGUCAACGCAUCGCUUUUCGAUUUCAUCUUCGACAAGCAUCCCAAAUCUCUCGAAGAACUCCAGGCUAGCCUAGCAGUAAAGGCAGCAACAACGCAUCCCUGGACCUACACCAUCCUUCGAAACAACCCUCAAGAUGGAACAUACAAGCCAGUAGGAAUGGUGGAUCUGAUGCGAAUGGAUCUCCCAAGCCGCGUCAUUGAGGUGGGCAAUAUACAAUACACGCCCGCAUUGCAGCGCACACCCGCCGCUACGGAAGCCAUGUAUCUGCUCGCCAAGUACGUUUUUGAAACUCUCGGGUUCAGGAGAUAUGAGUGGAAGUGCAAUAGCCUCAAUCACCCGUCGCGUCGGGCGGCAGAACGACUGGGAUUCACGUACGAGGGCACAUUCAGGCAGCACAUGAUUGUCAGGGGCCGCAAUCGCGAUACCAAUUGGUAUUCUAUCCUGGAUUCUGAGUGGGAUCACAUCAAGAGCGCGAUGGAGAAAUGGCUACAUGCGGAUAAUUUCGACGAUGAAGGGAAACAGAAGAAAACAUUGAAGGAGUUGAGGGAAUCGUAA